GUUCGGUUAAUCCGUAUAUUGGUUUCUGAGAUUUGUGUGUAAAAUGAUUUUAAUAAUAAUAAUAGCUUAUUCCCUUCAUAUUUGGUAGAAAUACAUUUCAAAAGAAAUCAUUUAUAUCCUGAAGUUCAGGAAAUACAUGUUGUAGUCAUCAAAUCAUAUAAAAAAUCUAUUACAUAAAAAUUUACAUAACAAUUUACAUAAAUAUGUUUCGGAUUUACAAUGGCUGGUUAUUGUGAAUCAACAAAAAUGACAUCUGUCCAUUAAUCUUGCGAUAGUAUGUAAAUAUGAUAACUUUGAUGAUAACAAUGAAAAAUUAAUAUACAAUUGAGACACCGGAAUUUUAGUCGGUAUUUCGUCUAAUCGGUGCCAAAGCAUUUCGAACUUUACAUAAUAGUGUUCAUGCAUACAUACGUAUAACUCACACUUAAAAAACUGGAGGGGGAAACAUAUCACUAUUUACAGAUUUUAAAUGCAUUUACGUCGUAAUGUUAGUCAAUUGUCUACAAUUAGGGGAAAACCACGAGGUCAGGUCGUACAAGAGGAGAGCUAGAUAAUUGUAUGGAUGGAUAGACUAAAUGUUCUACAUAUUUUUACAUAUUAAAACAAUAAAGCCAUUUUGCCACAACAAAUUAACCACUAGUUAGCACAAAAGGCAUCUCGUAGGAUAAUUUAAUUUCCAGCUUCAGAGAAUAUUCAAUUAAAUAGUUUUAAUUAAUGUUAAACCAAUGUUGACUUCAACAUGUGCACAGGGUAUGUACGAUUGAGUUCAUCGACAAGCCUGGAUCUUGUUGUGUAUGGUGCGAAUGUUCGAAGUAUUUCGGGAAUUUUCGUACGUCGACCACAUAAAGUUAAUGUAUUUAAUGCAUGUAGGACUAAAACUCGUAAACAGUAAACACAUUAUGGUACUUCAAAUAUGUAAAUGUGUAUACUAUGAAAACAUUACAAAUCGACUAGUUGCACUAACUGGUUAUGUAAAUUUAUAACCUGUAUUUAUAAUUGAUCACAUUCUUGUUUUUACUAGUUUUCCCGCUACUGAAACAUUAAAUUUCGACGACAUAACAUCGUACCCUACAAAAUAGAUAAAUAGACUUAUCUAACAUAUGAAUAUUUACAAAUACAACUGUACAAUGUUUCGAAUACAUACCUAAGUACUUACGCAUUAUGCUAAAAAUUAGACACACGAACAAUUUAAACUUAUCGUAAUUAUGCAUGCAUCCAUAAUUUAUGCAUACAAAUUUACACACUUUUCUUCUUCUUUAUUAAGAAUGAUGCUCCUCAAAAUAUAUUUAUUUAUCUACAUUCUCCAGUAAGGAAAUUGCUACAUAUAUCUUUGGCUCUAGUUAUUUUUAUUUUAUUUUAAGAUCUAAUUUUAUUUUUACAUUAUAAUUUACCACCAACUAUGCUUAAAUGUAUGAAAGAAAGUAAUAAAAUAAAUUGAUAUCAUCUUGAUUUUUACAUAUUUCCUAGGCAAUUACCACACACGUGCAUGCACAAUACAUAUUUACAUAUAUGCUCACAGCAUGGCUGCGCAGGAAAAACCUGUUCCUUGACCAAAAAGUAUGGAUAUGCAACAUGCAAAUAACUCCUGGACAACUAAAUACUAUCUCAAUGCUAAGUAAAAUUGCUAGCAUUUAGUCUUAAAAUGGUGGCCAUACUAAUUUUAACGAUACUUUUCAUUCUCGCUUUGCCCCCACUUUUCUUCAUCCCCCUAGUUUUGUGUCGAAUUCACAGAAUAUGUGUCAUUCUGGCAGCAAAGAUAUUUCAAAGGGGCAAGCUACUACAUAUCCUGCAUGACAUGAGCACCUUGUUUGAUGCGGGUCCAACUUUCACAAGAAAGGCGAUGACAAUCGUUACAAUCCUGGAAGUAAACAGUAGUCGCUUCGACAUUGAAAAACUUAGGAAAAAUUUUGAAUUCAAGGUUUUAGACCAUAGAAAAAAAUCGAACGAUUCAGCUACUCUAUACCCUGAACUUCAAUGCAAAUUGGUGCAAUGGUGGGGCUACUAUUUUUGGGAGAAGUGCGAAAGUUUUGAUAUCAAGAAUCAAAUAAAAUAUGUAAAUGAGAGAGAAUUUCCAAAAUUGGACUUCACAAAUCCCGAAAAUUUGAGCAAACUGUACAACUACGCCUCCCACGGAAGAGUUUGGCAGAAGGAUUCACCACUCUGGGAAUUUCUCCUCGUGGAAAACGUCGACACGCCGCGUGGUGGUGGCAGAACGUUUCUAAUUUGGAGAUGCGCUCAUGUCCUUUGCGAUGGUCGAUCGGUUUUUAAACUUGUGAGAAAAUUGUUUGACGAUGCAAUCGAUACUUUGCCUGUGCCGACAACCGUCGAGAGGAAAAAUUCGGGUGGAUCAUCGCUGUCGAAAGUGUCGAAAUUUUUACGCCUCCCUUACGCCAUAGUUGAAUACGUCGUCAACGUGGAAUUUGACAAUACUCGUGUUCCCCAACAGUAUUUCCACCUCGAGAAAGACUCCUGUGACAUAUUUUCCAUGACGACCAACUCCUUGUCAAUGGCAGACUUAAAGAGGAUAAAAAAUGCGUAUCGCGUCGACUUUAUCACUCUCCUCCUCGCCGGUGUAGCUGCCGGAAUAAGGGACGCUUAUCUUAAAAGAGGUCUGAAAAUCGAUACCCAUAUUAAAGUUGCGUUCAUCCUGCCCGCUAAAAAUCAUCGGGACGUUUUGAUGAAUCAUUUGACAACUGGCGCCAUUUUACUGCCAAUCGGAGAGGAAGAUUCGGUAAAACGAUUACUCUUAAUUCGCAACCGGGUCGCAGCUUUUAGAUCCUCGGGCAUACCCGAAAUUUUGAAUUGGUACUAUAAUUUGCUGGGAUCAUUACCACUGCCCAUUUUGAAAAAAUUGAUACAAUAUCAACCCGAGGCUACCGUCAUGGUGAACAAUAUUUUCGGACAUGAGGAGAAAUUGUACCUUCACGGGGACGAAGUUAACGUUCCUUUUACAGGAGUGAAUAUUGCUGUAGCGGAAAAUUCAGGAUAUGCCUACGAUGUGAGAUUUUACCCCUAUGACGGAGCCGGUUAUCUGGGUGUGAGUGGAUUUGACGAGUAUUUUUCCAACGUGGACGAUACAUCAAAAUAUUUGGAUAAUUGUAUUUCCGAGUGGAACAAUUUAUCCAAUCUGGUAUUCGCCAGCUCCAAGGAGACUUCUAUGGAAAGUAUGCAAAUUAAGUGCAUGUAAGGAAAUUGUGUCUUCCUUCUACAAGUAAAAUCUUGACAUGAAUAGGUUAAUUAGCAAUAUGCUAUUUUUUAUUUAUUUGUCAUGUUUCCAAGGUUAAGAUAAAAAAUAAAAGUGGAAGUUAACCAUAAACUAAUUAGGA